GGGCAUGUCCCCGCCUCGUCACCCGCCUAAACCCACACUACACUGCUCAUGCCCAAGAAACCACGCUCUUAAGCAGGGGCACACUCCCCACUGGGAGCGGCAGGAGCAGGAGCGAGACGAGAGGCAGGCAGGCAGGCAGCGCAAUGGGGGUCCGCUCGGCGGCGACGAAGCUGCACAUCCCGCCCUCGGCCGCCCGGCGCCCCACGUUCCUGCCGUUCGUGGCCGUCCUCCUCCUCUGCUCCGCCUCCUACCUCCUCGGCGUCUGGCAGCACGGCGGCUUCGCCUCCCCGUCCGAGUCCCCCGCCGUCUCCAUCGCCACCGCCGUCGCCUGCACCACCACCGCCGCCCCGAGGAAGAAGACCUCGUCCGCCCGCUCCCGCACCCAAUCCCGGCCCCUCGACUUCUCCGCGCACCACGCGGCGGCCGCGGACGAGGCGGUCGCCGCCGCCGCCGCCUCGUCCGGCUCCUCGUCCUCGUCCUCGUCCUCGGCGGCGCCGCGGAGGUACCCCGCGUGCCCCGUCAAGUACUCGGAGUACACCCCGUGCGAGGACGUGGAGCGGUCGCUGCGGUACCCGCGGGACCGGCUGGUGUACCGGGAGCGGCACUGCCCGGCGUCGGAGCGGGAGCGGCUGCGGUGCCUCGUCCCGGCGCCGCGCGGGUACCGGACCCCGUUCCCGUGGCCCGCCAGCCGCGACGUCGCCUGGUUCGCCAACGUGCCGCACAAGGAGCUCACCGUCGAGAAGGCGGUGCAGAACUGGAUCCGCGUCGACGGCGACAAGCUCAGGUUCCCCGGCGGUGGGACCAUGUUCCCCAACGGAGCCGACGCCUACAUCGACGACAUUGGCAAGCUCAUCCCGCUCCACGACGGCUCCAUCCGCACCGCGCUCGACACCGGAUGCGGGGUGGCGAGCUGGGGCGCGUACCUGCUGUCGCGUGACAUCCUGGCCAUGUCGUUCGCGCCGCGGGACUCUCACGAGGCGCAGGUCCAGUUCGCGCUGGAGCGCGGCGUGCCGGCCAUGAUCGGCGUCCUCGCGUCCAACCGCCUCACCUACCCGGCGCGCGCCUUCGACAUGGCGCACUGCUCCCGCUGCCUCAUCCCCUGGCAACUCUACGAUGGGCUGUACCUGAUGGAGGUUGACCGCGUGCUGCGGCCGGGAGGGUACUGGAUCCUGUCCGGCCCGCCGAUCAACUGGAAGAAGUACUGGAAGGGGUGGGAGCGGACCAAGGAGGACCUCAACGCCGAGCAGCAGGCCAUCGAGGCCGUCGCCAGGACCCUCUGCUGGACCAAGGUCAAGGAGGCCGGCGACAUCGCCGUCUGGCAGAAGCCCUACAACCACGCCAACUGCAAGGCGCCCUUCUGCUCCCGCAACAAGAACCCCGACGCGGCAUGGUAUGACAAGAUGGAGGCCUGCGUAACGCCGCUCCCGGAGGUCUCCGGCGCGAGCGACGUCGCGGGCGGCGCGGUGAAGAAGUGGCCGCAGCGGCUGACCGCCGUGCCGCCCCGGGUGUCCCGCGGCGGCGUCAGGGGCGUCACGGCCAAGUCGUUCGCGCAGGACACGGAGCUGUGGCGGAAGAGGGUGCGGCACUACAAGUUGGUGAUCAGGCAGUUCGAGCAGAAGGGCCGGUACCGCAACGUGCUGGACAUGAACGCGCGCCUCGGCGGCUUCGCCGCGGCGCUGGCGGCGGCGGGCGACCCGCUCUGGGUCAUGAACAUGGUCCCGACGCUGCGGAACACGACCACGCUCGGGGCCAUCUACGAGCGGGGGCUCAUCGGAAGCUACCAGGACUGGUGCGAGGGCAUGUCUACCUACCCGAGGACCUACGACCUCAUCCACGCGGAUUCGGUGUUCACCCUGUACAACAACAGGUGUGAGAUGGACAGAAUUCUGCUGGAGAUGGACAGGAUCCUGAGGCCCGAGGGCACGGUGAUCAUCAGGGACGACGUGGACAUGCUGGUGAAGGUCAAGAGCGUAGCGGACGGGAUAAGGUGGGACAGCCAGAUCGUCGACCACGAGGACGGCCCGCUCGUCAGGGAGAAGAUCCUCCUGGUCGUGAAGAGGUACUGGACUGCCCAAGACCAAGGCCAGUAGCAGGAGUGUCAAGUAAACUUCUGUAUGUUGAUAUAAGCACAUUUUUCGUGAUUGGGUCGCCAUUUCUAGCUCCUUUGAGCUAGUAUUUUUUUUAACGUUCUUCUAUGCUGUUCUUUUCGGACGGUAAUUUCUCAGAUAGGAAAAUUGUCUCUUAAGGUGUAAAAGGGGGGUUAAUGAAGGAAGGGUGAAACACCUGGCCCCCCACGGCAAAGUUUUUACUUGAAUUGUCAAAUUGUGCCAAGUGGUAAAUACAAGUUACUGUUGUGGGUCA